AUGGAACCCUACCUCCCACCAAGAUACUACGAGCCUCAGAGCGGUCUCCUCACCUUCGCCCUCGUCAUGGGCUUUGCUAUGUUUGUUGUGUUCUCCGGUUUCAAAGCGUACGGCAUGGCCACCAAGUCAAGCCCAGAGAUCGGCAUGACCAAGGAAGAGCUGCAGGAGCUCGUGAGAGAGGGUGUACGACACGAGGUGGAGAUCAUUGAGAGGUGCAUGGCGGCGCGCGAGAGCCAACUUGAGGAAGCCAUCGACAUGGUGCACCAGCAUGAAGCUCGCAUAGCGGCACUAGAAGAGAAAUACGACAAGGCUAUGGAGGACAUGGGCGCCCUGCGUGCCUCAAUCAGCAAUCUUACCCCUGGGAAACUUCCGGCUACACCGUUGGUACAGUCUUCGCCGUCUGAGUGCAGCUCAUGGGCACCCAGCUACCAUCCAUACAACUCAGAUGAUGUCAGCAUCAACGGCAUGGAAGAACACGUGUCUGAGCCGCGAGUUUUAUCAUCAGCAGAUCAAGUGCCUAAGAUAUCCAGCUCUCAACUUGAUUUGCUGGAAGGUGAGCUCGCUGAGUCGGGCGGCUGGGACCUGAACGUGGAGGCAUCUGAUGACAACAGCGAUGGUAGUAACACUGACCAAGACGAUGAAGGCGAGACAAGCGAUGAGUAUGACGACCCAGAAACAUCUGUUCCUUGCGUGAUUGCGCCGAAAGUUGUCAGAAAGCCAAUCAGACCACUGUCAAAGUGCAAGACGAAAGGUGCUAGCAUUCUUAAGGAUAGGCAGGAAGGUCCCUAG